AUGUCCGACGAUAUAUCGUCUUUGCUACAGCAACUACGGUUGGAUGAAAUUCCCUUAUCUGCCGAAAAACUCACUUCCAGCCUAGCCUUGGGCGGAGCCAGCCAGGCUGUCUUUUGCAGCUCAUAUGGGUUUGAGCUGAUCAUGGAGAAGCUAUUUGUGGCCGAAAGCGGUCUCAAAGAGUAUCUUCAGAUUCUAUGCUCGGCUCUGCGGUCAAAUGAUGCCAAUUGCACCUAUUUCAGACAAGGCACGGGGAUUGACAUGUUAAAGCAGUGCCUUGACACUCACAGUUCAACAGAGGGAUUCAUUGAUACUUUGCUCGAGUGUCUGAUUGAGGAGGACGGGAGAAUUGACAACACUAUCAGUGCUGAGAUUCUGACGCUGUAUCUCUUGGAAACAGAGCCACCGCAGCUGCCGCCAUUGGUUAACGCUGUGCACAACAGUCUAGCGAAGUACCCUUACUCUGUGGCGCUAUUCAACCAUGUUGGACUUGCCAGACACGUUCAUGAUCUAUCUGUCAAGGCGCUUGACAAAGAUCUCUCCGGACCAGAGAAGCUGCUUGUGCCACUGGCUAAACACUUUGACCAAUAUGGUGUGGAUCCAACGGUGGUGGCGAGACUGUUAAAAAAAGCUGACAAGCCGGAGCAUGCCGACAAGCUGUCUCAAUGGACAUCUGAGUUAGCGGUUGAGCCCUCGCAUUUCUACUUUGGACCGGAGUCUUACUUCGAGUUCAGAAAGCUACACAAACGGUUUCCUCCCGCUUCUGGAGAGUAUUCUAUUAGUGUGUGGGUGAAAAUAGACAGAAACACGUCGUCUACCAUCAUCGACAUUUACGACUUUCAACAAAGUCUCAUCAAAGCCAGCGUCAAGUCAGACGACAAGCACAGCUCCCUGCAUAUCCAAUGGGGCAAUUACACUCACAGUGUCAAAGGAGACAUUCCGCUUGGUCGAUGGACACUGGUGACUCUUGUUUACGAGAAGAGUAAGAUUUACUGCUAUCUCGACAGUGUCAUACAGGACACAGUGUCUGUGGUAGCCCGAUCUAUCCAGAAGAACACGGUCAGUGUAAGACUUGGAGGUGAUCGUCAGGACCAGUCCAAUGGAAGCAUCCGCAUUGGCUCUCUCCUCAUCACAGACACGGCAAUCACUGAUCAGACAGUCUCAUUCCUUCAUUACUUGGGGCCCGGUUAUUAUGGUUCCUAUCAGGACAACCUGAGCAAGUUUCUGACAUACGAAGGUGCAUCUUUGUUAGAACUUGAAAGAAAUGAAACUGACUCUUCCGGCUCGGUCACGUCCCACAGCUUGCCUGGCCCUCCAGCAUUGUCUAUUCCUCAGCAUGCCAUUGUUCUAACCUGUAAUCCUCAUUACUCCACAGAUCUGAACUGCUCCUUGAAGACACUAGUUGUCAACACCGUUGAUGACAAGCAAUCUGAUGAAACCAAAUCAAAGGAGUACAUGGGUAUCAUGGAAGGUGGGGCCUAUGUUGUGUCAACAUCGCCUGUGGACAAGGCCAUCUACCCAUACGGUGGAUUGCAUGUCUUGCUGCAACUGGUGGAAAACGCUUCUACUCCCGAACAGCUGAGGACGGCGCUCCGCAUCUUCUGCUCUACCUUGCAAUCAUCUUGGAAGAUGUCUGAUGAAGCUGAGCACAAGGAGGGAUACAGCAUUCUUGCGAUGAUUCUGAAGACGAAGGAGGAGAUCAUUGGUGUCCGUCACCUAAGCAUUCUUCUUGAUUUUGUUGGGUUUGUCUCUGAGUCUACUGAUGACUCCAUCAUCAUAAACCCUAUGGCGUACUUGGCUUUGAUCCUCGAAUUCGACAUCUGGAAGGGCAGCUCUACGCAGACCCUCAAGCUUUUAUUACAUCAGUUUGUGGUAUUCUGUACCAGCCGUGAGCAUGACUUUAACGUCACUAGACUGGUGAAAAUGCGUGUGAUGAAAACAUUCCUGCAGGCUGUGAAGGCCGAAGUGUUUCCCAACGAUAUCUAUCCUGAUCUCUGCAAAACCCUGACGGCUAUCAUUUGUGCCAAUUACUCCAGUGAAGUAAUGCGGUCAAUUACCUUGUUCAUCACCUUCGCCCUGAGCGAUUCCAUCUCAGUGAAGCAAGCACUCCCUUACAACCGUCUGGGCCAGCCACUGUCUGGUCACAUGGCCAUAACUAACAGUAGAAGAGAACAGGGAAUGUUGGUCCUGGAAGCGUUCGUUCGAGCCGCUUGUCAGGUUGAUGUGACGCAAUUCGCUCGAAAGCUUUCUAGGACUGUCACCAUCAAGUGGUUCCUUUCUCUUCUCGAUGACCAGAACCCCGAGGUUGUUGUUAACGGCCUCCAUCUCUUGUCUCUGGUACUCUCCAGUAGAGGCCCUGCUUUCAAGAAGAAAUUCAUUCGGGCUACUAGAGGAAUUACACUCAUGACAGCUCAGCUGGGAAGAUGGUGGCAGGUGUCAGAAGUCUGGAUUCUCGGUCUGUCCUUGCUGUUUGGCUUACCUUUCACCCCUGAGACCCUCAAGUGCUCCCUUCCUGAGUACUUUCACCAGCUUUACCAUGCUAGCGCCAUCAUCAAUGUCCCUGAAGCUAUUCUGGUUCUUAAUGAGAUGAUGGUGUUUGCUUGUGAGGCAUAUCGCCAGUUGGAGCCUGGUUCGGAAGAUUCAAAGAAUGUGGAGGAAUACAUUUUCGAUAUUAUGAGCAGCUAUGACGAACUUCGGCAUACCAAUGGUGACUUCUGCAAGCUCACCACUUUCCGAGUGUAUCUCGAGGGAAGUUGUCGAAUGACUUACGCUUUGUUUAAGGACGAUGAUAAGUUUGGUGACAAGUCCGGCCGCCUGCACGAUCUGAUGAAGACCCAUUUACGAAACAUACUCUUGGAUCUUGUAUGGAGCAGACGUGAUUUCGGGGAGUUUUGGGACUCUGUUGGACCUGAAGGUAACCACGUAAUCAACACUCUUUGUGGUGAAGACAUUCUAGCAGCUAUUGUUAACUGCGAGUCUAGUAUUCUCUUCGAACCUCGGUGUUUUACCAACGCAGGACAAUUCUUGUCCCAGUACAGCAAGUACCAUAUUGAGACUGGCGCUGCUACGGAGAAGAUGGAGCUACUAUUCACCUCCAUUGGAUCUAUUCUUGCACGAUUGUCUAAUGUGCAUGGAUUUUCUAAGCUUUCCAAGGCCCUCUACCAGACUAAAUCUAGUCUUGUGCGAAUCUACGUUGCACUGACUUUCCGAUGUCUCGUUACAGCAUCCACUGCUCGAGCUGGCAAUAGUAUUCUUCGCCAAAUCAUCAAAUACCAGAAUUUCCUGCUUGCGGACUUGCGAGACACCCGCGUUCUGGGAGACCUGAUCACUCAGGUGUAUCGGUUGCUAACCAUUCCCAACAUUGAUCAACGCUAUUUGUUUGAUUUCUUGAGAGCUGUAUUCGUUGUGAAGACUGAUGAUGUCCCGGCUGCCUGUCACCAGUUUAGUCGUAACCAUGGUGGUGAGAUCUGCAGCUUUCUGUCCGAGCUGGCCGUGAUGACCAACGACGAGGCUAUCGGAUGGGUUGCUGAGGUUCGACCUGAUUUCGACUCUUUCAUCCUUCCGACAGUCUAUGAACGAGGCAAGGAGCUUCUGGCUUCCGAGGAAUCUGCUUCAGAGCUCAAGCUGGAUACGCUAGGUACUCAUCAUGCCAUGGAGUCUAUGGUGUACCAGACUUAUCGAAACAACAUUGUCAACUGGCAACUGUCUAUUCUGGACUCGGAAAAGGUCAAGUUCCAUAGGAACAUUCAGGACAAACAUGAGCACUACCAAAUGUUGCUUGACCAGCACGCUCGUGUUGAUGCUGAGGCUGGUAGACUCAAUGGAUCGUCCAAUGUGUCUUCAUGGCGUCUGGACUUGUCGGAAGGCCGUAUCCGAAUGCACAAAAAGGUGGUCCCUGAUGAGUCUGAGUGGAUUCAAGGCUACAUGGACAGGCAUCUAAUCGAUGGUGGGGACGCUGAGCUUGACGAGGUCGAAGGAGAUGAAUCCAAGGAUGUUGCUGGUAGCAAUUCCAUUGUUCCUACCGGCUCUGCUGGUACUGCUAUUGGUGACGAAUCGACUAGUCUCAAUUCGUCCCUAGAUGAGGAGUCGUUUGAGGUUAUUGAUGACUUCAAUCACAUUGAUGAUUCGCCUGUCGAGGACAAGAACAGAAAGGUCAUCCGAAUGUUGGAGCCCGGUGACACCAUUGUGGACUUCUGGAACGUCGGACGUAUUGUUGGAGUUGAGGCUACUGAGGGACUUCUUAUUCUUGGUGCCUUCAACUUGUACGUUGUCGACAAGUACUUUCAUCGAUCCGAUGGUGAGGUUGUCAACGCUUCCGAAGCUCCCAUCGCAGAGAGAGACCCCUUCUUGCGAAUUAUUUCGGGUGAGAAGAGUGGAGUGGCCGAACCCGCUACAUCUAAUUCUGGUGGAGCUGCUUCUUUGGCGCUCAAGUUCCCCUUGGAAUCCAUUCUGCAAGUCACCAAGAGGCGAUUCCUUCUCCGUGAUGUAGCUAUUGAGAUCUUUUUCACUAACGGAUGCAGUUUGUUGCUGACUGCUGCUACUCCUCGUGUGAGAGACGCUAUCUCCAACAAGCUUCUGAACAACCGGUCUACCAGAGCUAUGGGAGAUGCAAUGCGUACCAAGCUCAAGAACGAUGACAUCCUGUAUGCCAUUUCACAUGCAUGUGAUCUCGAUUCGUCCUCCAAAUCUUUCUCUCAGAAGCUAGGCUUCUCUAAAUCUUCUUCUGCAGUCCACAUCCCCACCAAGAAGUGGAUGGCUGGUGAGCUCUCCAACUUUUCGUACUUGAUGAUUCUCAACACUCUGGCUGGAAGAACAUUCAACGAUAUCACCCAGUACCCGAUAUUCCCUUGGGUAUUGGCUGACUAUGACAGUGAGGAGUUAAACUUCAGCAAGCCGGAGACCUUCCGAGAUCUAAGCAAGCCCAUGGGUGCUCAGUCUUCCCAUCGUGCCAAUGAAUUCAAGAACAGAUAUGAAGCGCUGUUGGAGCUAGACGACACUCGAAGUCCCCCCUUCCACUAUGGAACUCAUUACUCGUCGGCCAUGAUUGUGACCUCCUACCUUAUUCGAUUGCAGCCGUUCGUGCAUUCAUACCUGCUGCUUCAGGGUGGCCGUUUCGACCAUGCUGAUCGACUUUUCUACUCCAUCAAGAAGGCUUGGCUGUCUGCUUCUCGUGAUAACACCACCGAUGUGCGUGAACUCAUUCCUGAGUUCUUCUUUCUGCCUGAGUUUCUGCUAAACUCGAACAACUUUUCGUUUGGUCAGCGUCAGAAUGAUGGUGAUGCCAAGGUUGGUGAUGUGGAACUUCCUCCUUGGGCCAAGGGCGACCCCAAACUUUUUGUACAGCGAAACCGAGAAGCACUGGAGUCUCAGUACGUCCGUGACAAUUUGCAUCUUUGGAUCGAUCUCAUUUUUGGUUCUCGCCAACAGGGACCUGAGGCUAUCGAUUCCCUCAACGUGUUCCACCAUCUCUCGUACCGAGGAGCUAUCAACUUGGAGGUCAUUGAGGAUGAAAUGGAAAGACUGGCAACCAUUGGAAUCAUUCACAACUUUGGACAGACACCCUCUCAAAUUCUGACUAAACCCCACCCCAAGUCUGGUGAUGUUGGAGCGGUGGCAUGGGAUCUUGCUACAGAGCCCGACUUCACUGUUAACACCAACGAGCCCGAAGUCAUUGAGGAUCUGUUUGUUCACAAUUCACAGCUUAAGGUGACUUAUCGACAGCGCGCGGUUGUAACUGUGGAGGGAUUCCCUCCUACUGUUCUGCGUGCUGAUAGCCGUAACCAUGGCCUCCAGGUGUGGAACGAUAACAGGCUUGUGACUGUGUUUGAAGGUCUGCACUUGUCACCUAUUGAGCUGGUUGUCGCUCUGGAGAACAUGCUUGUUCUCACCGCUGACCGUGCUGGUCUGGUGAGUGUUCACAGACUGGUCAUCACCAAGAAUGGCAAGUCUUUGCAGUAUGAGCUCUCCCAUUUGGACACCCUGCGUGGCCAUGAAGCCUGUAUCUCGCACAUUCGAGUGUCAGAAUGUUUUAAUUACAUAAUCACCCUUGAUGAUGUGGGCAAGGUCAUCCAAUGGGACUUGUCCACCUUCAAGUUCAUUCGAACAUUCACCACCGAGGGUGUUCGCAAUGUUCAGGUCAACGAAAUCAGUGGUGACAUUGCUCUGCUGACAAGUGACUCCAUCGUUGUGACAACCAUCAACGAUGAUCAUCUUGUUACUCGCCAGUUGAACACAACAGGCAGACCAGCAAACUAUUGCGCUGCCUUCAUUUCGGACCCCACGUACAAGUGGCAUGGAGACUACUUCGUCGUCGUAGGCGACGAUCGAGGAGAGAUUAUUGUGAGUAUAUUUCGAACACCACCCACCAUUCUAACCACAUUCUAA